AUGGAGGUCGAAAGAGUUGAUACGACCAUUUCCAAAGUGCGCGACAAUGGCGCUACCGCCGUUGAGGGCGCCCGAAUGGAACUCGUUCCUCGCAGUGAUCGGGAACGUGCUCGUCGAAUUCGAGAAGCCCACAAGGCCUACGGUCGAGGCAAGAAGGUCAACCUCAAAGCGAUCAAGGACAAGAAGCUUCGAAGCAACAUGAAGCGUCUCGAGAGCAAGUACGAAGAUGCCGCACUCAAAGCCAAGGAUGCAGAGAUUUUGCUCGAGAACACGUCGGGUUUUCUCGAGGCCGAGGACGAGCUCGAACGAACAUACAAGGUCCGACAAGACGACAUUUCCUCCGGUGUAGCCGUGGGCACUGCGCAGAAGCGAUUCGAGCUUAAUCUGGACCAACUAGGACCCUACCAGUUUGAUUACUCGAGGAAUGGGCGGGACCUGUUGCUCGGUGGUCGAAAGGGACAUGUUGCGACGAUGGAUUGGCGAGAGGGCAAGCUUGGCUGCGAGCUGCAGUUGAACGAGACUGUUCGGGACGUCAAGUGGCUACAUAACAACCAGUACUUUGCGGUUGCGCAGAAGAAGUACGUCUACAUCUACGAUCAUAAUGGUGUGGAACUGCACACCUUGAGGAAACACCAGGAGGUGUCUCACAUGGAGUUUCUGCCAUACCACUACCUCUUAGCAACAAUCGGCUCUGUAGGUUUCCUCAAAUAUCAGGAUACAUCAACUGGUCAAUUAGUCGCCGAGAUUCCUACCCGAUUAGGUCAACCUUGCGCUCUCAAACAAAACCCCUGGAACGCCAUUCUACACGUCGGCCACCAGAACGGAACAGUCACACUAUGGUCACCUAACUCAUCAGACCCUCUCGUCAAGUUGCUAGCCCACCGAGGACCCGUUCGAGAUGUAGCCGUUGACCGCGAAGGUCGAUACAUGGUCUCGACAGGCCAGGAUCAAAAGAUGGCAGUUUGGGAUCUUAGAAUGUUGCGCGAGGUCAACAGUUACUUUACACGCCAGCCAGCCUCAUCGGUAGCAAUCUCUGAUACAGGCUUGACAGCUAUCGGUUGGGGUACUCAAACAACCAUCUGGAAGGGUCUCUUCGACAAGAACGCCCCUGUCCAAGAAAAGGUUCAGAGCCCUUACAUGGCAUGGGGUGGUGAGGGUAAGCGCAUUGAGCGCGUGCGAUGGUGUCCCUUUGAAGAUGUUCUUGGUAUUGGCCACGAUUCUGGCUUCUCAUCCAUCAUCGUCCCCGGUGCUGGUGAGGCCAACUACGACGCUCUGGAAGUCAACCCAUUCGAGACUGCCAAGCAACGACAAGAGUCCGAAGUCAAGGGUCUGCUCAACAAGCUACAGCCCGACAUGAUCGCCCUCGACCCCAACUACAUCGGAACCCUGGACUUGCGAUCCGAGAAGCAGCGCCGUGCCGAGAAGGACCUCGACGCCCCUGCUGCAGACAUCGCCGAGGAGAUCCGCAAGCGAGCAAGAGGCAAGAAUGGUGCGCUCAAGAAGUACCUGCGCAAGCAGCGAAAGAAGAACAUUAUCGACGAGAAGAGAGUGCACGUGGACGAGAUUUGGAACGAGCAGCAGGCCAAGAAGAACAAGAAGGAGCUCGAGGCCGAGGCGGAUCUGGGACCGGCGUUGUCAAGGUUUGCCAAAAAGGAGUAA